AUGGAGCGGGUGGGAAAAGAAGAGGGCAAGGUCCGAGCUAGGAAGGCAGAAGGCAGCAUGAAUUUAUAUGGUGUGGCUGAGGUGACAUUAACAUCAGGUGGCUCCAAUCUUAGUAAAGAAGAUGAUGUCAUCCGCGGAGAGUGCAGAUACCUCAGUGGGGCUGAGGACUCAAGAGAAGCUCGGGAAAUUCUUGGGAAAUUGAUGGAUGGAAAUGAGUCAGGAACUAAAUUGAAGUUAACCUCAGUGGAGAAUAGCACAGAAGCAAUGGAGUUCAUCCUCUUGGGAUUAACAGAUGACCCCAACCUCCAGGUUCCCCUCCUCCUGGUAUUUUUGUUCAUCUACCUCAUCACUUUGGUUGGGAAUGUGGGGAUGAUGCUGGUCAUCUACUCAGACUCCCACUUCCACACUCCAAUGUACUUCUUCCUUAGCAACCUCUCCUUUGUCGAUCCGGGUUACUCAUCAGCCGUAGCUCCCAAGACGGUGGCUGCACUGCACUCAGGAAACAAACUCAUCUCCCACAAUGGAUGUGCUGCUCAGUCCUUCUUCUUUGUGGGUUUUGCCACUGUCGAGUGCUACCUCCUGGCCUCCAUGGCCUGUGACCGCCAUGCAGUGCUGUGUAGGCCCCUUCAUUACACCACCACCAUGACAGCAGGUGUGUGUGCCCUCCUGACGAUGGGCUCCUGUGUCUGUGGCUUCCUCAAUGCCUGCAUCCACACAGCAGACACCUUCAGACUCUCCUUCUGUGGUUCAAAUGAGAUGAAUCACUUUUUCUGCGAAGUCCCUCCACUCCUGGCUCUCUCGUGCCCCAACACAUGCAUGAGCAAGCUGGUGGUCUUCUUUGUCGUGGGCUUCAAUGUCUUUUUCACCCUCCUGGUCAUCCUCAUCUCUUACUUCUUCAUAUACAUUGCCGUUUGACGGAGGCAUUCUGCGGAAGGAAGGAAGAAAGCCUUCUCCACCUGUGCGUCCCAUCUCACGGCCAUCUCCAUUUUCUAUGGAACAAUCAUCUUCAUAUACUUACGGCCCAGCUCCACCCACUCCGUGGACAUGGACAAAAUAGCAUCUGUGUUUUACACGGUGGUGAUUCCCAUGCUGAACCCCUUGAUCUACAGUCUUAGGAACAAAGAAGUGAAACACGCUCUCUGGAAAACACUCAACAAACUUAAUUCCCAGUCUUUAAGUGUGAAUAGGAAGUAG